AUGGGUCGAAAAUUGCUUGACUGCGGAGACUUCAAUCCGAACUGCGCGGCAAAGAAUCAGGUUGUUGAAGCGGAUGCGGAUAUCGCUGGUAUCGGCGUCAUAGUAGGCUUCCUCUCAACAACAUGCCUAGCAUUCCUGAUAGCGUUCACGGUCAUCUUCCUGGAUCGUUAUGAACGCAUCGUAAACUUCCACAGACGAUGGAUAUUCAAGAACAAAGAGGUUUACCAACACAAUUAUGAUGAGCCCUACUGGCGCUCCCCAGCCUUCUGGUCGCGCGUACUGAGCAAGAACUUGCUCGCAUUGGCGGACACGCAACUCCUGACGGGCCUAGCCAUUCAGUUCACGGCCAUGCUAAAACAUUGCCGGUUGACCAUUUACCACUUUCAAAUAGUCACCGAUCUUGCGUUCCUCACCACAAUCACGCACCUUCUCACGGUCGUUGCACUCAGGAACUACUUCGUAAAAAACAGGUGGAUCAAUUUGCCACGUAUCUUCUUUAUGCUGAGUAACCUUGCACUGCUGGGAUACACGUCUUUCGUUGCCUACUCGUACGAUCUGGUUGGUCUUGAUCUUUCCAUGUCCCUCGCAUGCUUCUUCAAAGGCAACCGUCCACCAUUCAAGGGUGCCUUCGGCGGGAAGUGGGCAGCGUUGCUAGUAGGAGCGAUUGGCGGCCACGUCACCGUCAUUCUCGCUAUGUAUUGGUUCAAGGACCCAAAAGAAAACACGAACAAAAAGUGGUGGUGGUAUGUCGGCGCCGCCUUCCGUACCUGGAUCGUUGCGCCAAUCUACUCGAUAUACGGUAUCUGGAUGGCUGGAGACGGUCUCAGGAACACGCAAGCUCUCGGUAAACCAAACGUGACUAUGGAGGGCAAUGAAAGCCAGUGGAACUUUGGGCAAUUCUUGCCUAUCCUCCUACUGGCGUUGCCGAUAUUUGCGGGCUGGGAGAGCUUCUGGGAAGAAAAGGACGAGGAUCGAGAUAAUCGGUUCGGACGACAUUCAUUCAGGACCUCGAAAGGUGGCACGAGCAGUCAGCUCAAUAUGAUCGAGUUGCAGGUACCGAAUCCGGCGAGCAGUGAGCGGCGGCGAUCAUCGCGAGACGCAUCAGUUGAAGAGCAGGAAGUCGAGAGCGAUGGAACGAGUUCGGCAAACACGCCACGCCACCUGUCAAGAUCCCGUGUGCGGUCGGCAGGACCAACUGUGGACGGUCAGCCCUCAACUUCUCCAAAUCAAAACUCAGCGCUUGGUUCUUCCUCGCUUCUAUCUGUCCCAUCACCAGCAGUGAGCCCUAGGUUCGAGAGUGAGUCUAGCGUCUAUGCUGGUCGUCCCCCAGGAGCUCAGGGAUGA